CGGGGCGAAGUGGGAGGCGCGGGAGGUCUGCGCGAGCUUUGCUGUGCAGCGAACUGGACACCAUGUCAGGGGGCAGCAGCUGCAGCCAGACUCCAAGCCGGGCCAUCCCUGGCACUCGCAGGGUGGUCCUCAGCGAUGGCGUGCAGCUGCCGCCCGGGGACUACAGCACCACUCCCGGCGGCACGCUCUUCAGCACCACCCCGGGAGGUACCAGGAUCAUCUAUGACCGGAAAUUCUUGAUGGAAUGUAGAAACUCACCUGUGGCCAAAACACCCCCAAGGGACCUGCCCACCAUUCCUGGAGUCACCAGCCCAGCCAGUGAUGAGCCCUCCAUGGAAGCCAGCCAGAGCCAUCUGCGCAACAGUCCAGAAGAUAAGCGGGCAGGUGGUGAAGAGUCACAGUUUGAGAUGGACAUUUAAGGAACCAGCCUUGAGAUGGAGCAAUGUUUCUGGGCCCCUCAGGCCCUUCUCGAGAGAAGAGUCACACCAGCCAGGCCUUAUGAAAGUUUUUGUACUGGGCAGUCGUCGGGCUUGGGGUCUGCCACCCUGUUCCCUCACUCAGGGCACCUGCUCCCCUUUCCUCUUUGUGAACACCAGCACAUACCUCCUCAUGCCUCCAUUGAUACAGGAGCUGCUACCCUAAAGGGAAUGACUCUCUUACCCACCCAAGUGCCAGAAAGGGGUCACAGAGGAGCCCUUAUGAAAGAUCAUCUGGCGCUUCCAGCCCCAUCGUCUGGGACACACCCACCCUUUCCUUAGGUUGGGGUGCCUGGGAAAGCUCCCCUCCACUUCCCUAAGAGAGGAAAUAAAAGCCACCCUCUCCCUAGGGCCAAGAGUUGGGCCCUGUCUGA